UGCAAAAAUUCCCAAAGAUUAUGAAUCAAAAUUCAAGAAAUCCUGCUUCACUUUCUCACACCAACCUGUAUUUGAUGUAGCGACUCGAAAAGUUAUUCCCUUGACCCCAUUCAAUCAUGACGAAGAAAAUUUAUCUGACAUUGCGUUCGCAGAAAGUAUGCUACCGGACAGUCUGGCUCUUCAAAUGUCUCUUGGUCUCUUGGUCUGGCAAUCUCGACCCCUACACACUGGCUUAUUAUGACGACAAGGAAAUGUUUGACCUCAACAACCUGGACGAGACUAGUAUUUGGUCAAAGGAUUAUACCAAAACGGCUUUUCCCACUAUCCCAUCCAAUCUUCUGGAUGGACUUACCAACUCAGAAGGAGAGGACGACGACGACGAUGGAUGGAAUUGCCCAGAGUGUGACCAUGAAAGAUUUGAAACUUGCACAGAAUUCAGAAAACAUCUGUUCACCACCACGGAAUUUCCAAUUACAAUUGCGAAUUUUGCGGGAAAGUUUGCAGGUUCCUGGGUUGAACAUCUUCGGACCCACAACGGUGAAAGACCCUAUGAAUGUAAAGUCUGUUUUAAACGAUUCAAGCACGGUCACCACCUCAAAACACUCGUUACGACAGUCCACGAGGGACAGAGAAAUUACCAGUGCUGCUUUUGCUCAGACAAAUUCACACAGCAAAUUGCUUUAACUCGUCAUGUUAGAAUGCUCCACAGUGGGGACAGACCUUUUGAGUGUGAGGAGGAAGAUUGUGGCAAAAAGUUUUUCACCAAACAACAUCUGCAGAUCCACGUCACAACCGUCCAUCAAGGCCAGAGAAAUUUCAAAUGCUCAAUCUGCAGUCAGACCUUCACACAAAAACCUUCGCUGGACCUUCACGUAAGAUCUGUUCAUGGAGGAGAAAAAAAUUAUAUCUGCCCCGAAUGUGGAAAAAGUUUUUCUCAAAAAGUUACUCGUGAUCAUCAUAUCUCGUCUGUCCACAACAAAGAAAGGCCUUUCCCUUGUACCGUGUCCCAAUGUAAGAAGAGUUUCGAUACAAAGCAACAUCGAGAUGGUCAUAUUUCGUCUUUCCACAUGAAAGAAAAGCCUUUUCGCUGCACCGUGUCCCAAUGUCAGAAAAGUUUCGACACAAAGCAACAUCUGCAGACCCAUAUUUCAUCCGUCCACGACAAAUUGAAACCCUUUUCUUGCCCCCAUUGCACCAAAACUUUUGCGUCCAAAACUACUCUAACGAUACAUCUGAGGACCCACACUGGAGUCAAGCCGUAUCAAUGCUUAUUGUGUACAAAGACGUUUACUCAGAGUGGUAGUUUAAAGACACAUAUGAAAACGCAGCAUCCCUUGCCUUAAAAAUGUGAAACCAACAUAUUUGUCUCAAUCUUUUGUCGAGUUUACCAACAAUUGGUAAACUAAUAAUAUUGUGAUUAUUGUUAUUAUUAUUAGAUACUUUCCACAUGUAUGUAUAAAUUUGUUAUUUGUAUCUGACUGAUGAAUUAUUAAUUAUUUGACAUGUGUACUGAUACAAGAGAAUGGUUCAAUUAUAAUGUAGGUAGUAAAUUUUAAAUUGGCUUUCCGUACUUUUAAACGAAAGUAUUUUCUCAAUAAAAAAUAGAUUGACCCAAAA